CAAAACUCUCCACAGAAUUCUAUUCUCCAAAAAUCGCUUCCCUAACUAGGUUUUCUUUUAUUGUGACGGGAGAAGUUUCGUCUAGUCCCUGCGGUCGUUGCGAUUGCGAAAGCCAUUAACUUAUCAGAAAACAUGUAACAAGUUAACUACCCUUCCCGUGUCAACUCCCUAGUGAGGCAAUUUUGUUCCGAGAGACGAGUUACGCAAAUCCUGCGAAAGGAGAACGAACCGAAGGAAAAUCUGGUCAAGAAGGACACAAAGAUUAUGGCUGCUGACUAGGAAGAAAAACACCGAAGAAGAAAGAUUAUUGCAAUCUUGUGCAUUGUUACCCGUAAAUGAGCAAAUUUCAGAUGGAAGUAAAGUGAAAUGGCGGUGGAACAUACGUUUUUCGGCACAUGGGAGAUUGUAAGCUGUUCCUUCGAGGGUAAACAGGAAGUAUCCGGCUUGGAGGGAAUCAAAUUCCGUUUGGAUGAGACUGGCGAUAUAACAUGGUACAAUGAUCUCAUUAACCCUUCUCCGGACUCAAAAGACUGUGAUAGUUGCUGCGAAUCUGCUACAGUUCUUUUUAGUUGCGAAACUUUUGAUGUCAAUGAGCUCAACCCCAGAUUGAUAUUUGGUGCAUUCGCAGGACAUAGCAUAGAAUUUAAGACAUAUACUUUAACGCCAGCGGAUACAUUGGUGCUAGAGUGUGAAAAUUGGUAUUCGCUGCUGUGCAAACGCCUUAAGGAAGAUGAAGCCGUCGGCCAAGAGAAAGAAUUCACUUUCAUUGACGCUCUAAGUGAGAGCUACUUUAGCGAUGUUAUCAUUAAAAGUUCCGACGGAAUUGAUUAUCAUGUACACUCAGCAAUACUGCGUUUGAAUGGAUUUGACUGCAGUAUGUACUGUCAAGCCCCAGCCAACACCGUUGCUGUGACAAAUACUGAAAAGUAUAAGCCAAGCUUGACCCAAACCACUGCGAAUCAAGUCAAAAUCUCCAUAACCAUCCCCAUCGUUUCGGAAUCAGGAACAGCUGAAGAUCACCAGAAGAACUUUCCGAAACUAAAUAUUUCACCAAUACAUUUGCUGCCACCGUCACUAGAACAAUCAGGAGUGAUGCAUAAAAUGAAUACCCUCUCCAACUCUUUCAAUUGCCUGACAGCCUCCACUAAGGAAUCCGAUUCGGCGCAGUCUCCCAUAAAAAAGUAUCCAAUGUCAUCAUCCGAUUCCAAUCUCCAGUCGUCUUCGAGCAGAAACAUUUUUAACUUUUCCAAUGAUUUGUUUUUGAAUCCUAUUGAGAAUAUAUGUAGCAGUCGCAAACCUCCAUUAUCUCCUUACCGAGCUCGAAGUCCAUCACCUUUCCCCAGUUCCUUAGAUACCCCUCCUUCUUCACCACUAACCCCUCUCGGAAUACUUUACAACCUGCCAUCAUUCAUGUUGACUCCGAUCCUUCAUUGGCUGUACACGGAGUCGCUGAUGCCAGAUAUGGAUGAGGAAACCUGUGAGAAGUUGAUUAACUUUGCAGAAACGCAGCCACCUCUUAUUAAGAUGAUGGAUCCCUGCAAGAGAUAUUUGAAAUUGAUCCGGCUGAAAAAUUUUGUUUUCGAUGUCAUAAUGGAUAUGCAUAACAUUCUCAACAAAAUUAUCCAAUCAUUAAACCCCGCCGCAAUGUCAACGCAGCCAGAAAUGCUAUUUAAUACAUUUAAGGAAGCUAUUAGGGAAGGCGCAGUAGGUUGUGCCAAGAUCUUACAAUUCUGUAACAUAUUCGUAAAGGAUGCUGCGGAUAUAUCACGUUAUCAGAAACACGAAAUUAUUAAAUACGUUCGAACUCGAUUACCAAUAUUUUUGUCGCAAUUACAUCAACUCUUGAAGAAUAUUUUAAAUGUAUUUAUAAAUCUAAGCUCAGACGAGAAAUUGGAACUCGUUAUUUAUCUAGUACCUGAGAUUGAAUCUUCAUUAAAAAUUUCAACAAAUGUGAUAGAAGAAAUCAAAAAUUCGCUUGAGAAAAUGUGUAAAGACUUGAAAUGCUCACAUUUAGAUUUAUCAACAAAAUUCAAAAGUGAAAGCCAGUAUAAAAUGAAUAUAACAGCAAAUCCAACAAAUCAAGGCAUCACAGACGAUAUGAAUAGAAUAUCAUUCAGUCGUCCGCCCGCUUCGAUGUAUGAUAUCUCAUCAGAAAAGAGGUUAAUAACAGUUGAAAAUGAUUUGAAAUUCGUAUUGUAUAUGUACGAAGUACGUAAAAUGAGAGAUAUCUACGGAAGGAUCGCAACUGCUUUAGAAAUUAUUAGAGAGAAGAAGGCAGCAUUUUGUGAUAUGAGCUUAGGAAAUAAAAGAAGUACAAUUCGCCAAAAUCUCGAGCAGUUAAUUUUAGAUAUCCCUGCCUAUAUUCUAAUUGUUGAAAAUAUAUCUGACCGUUUGGAUGAUCGAAUUGGAUGGAAAGAGUUUAAAUUCUGCUUUAAAUUGGCAACAAGUCAAAUAAAUGGAGUCAUUAUCAAGUUGCUGGAUCAUAAACCUGCACUCCGAGAUCCUAUAUCCCAUAUAUGCAAGCUGGUUCAAAAAGAUGAAUUCACGAAAUCGCUAGUAGAGUUAGGGCUGCUGGAGUCAACAAAUAUACUUCAGAACGAUAUCAAGAUGGAUAUAAAAAGAAGCUCAUUUGAUUAUAAGAAUGUCAAAUUAAAUCUCGUCAAAAGUUUAUGCGAACCGCCCAUUGUAGCCAAUAGUAGUUUGUCGAAGAAUUCACUACGUUUAUUGCACUCUGGUCAAUUAGCUGAUAUGGAGUUCGAAGUACAUGUCUUACAGAGUGGCGCCCAUGAUGAAAAUCAAAAAGUGAACGAAUAUGAAUUUCAUUCGCGGCCCAGUCAAAUUCAUACAUUUCGAGCUCACCGUGUUAUAGUAUCUGCUAGAUGCGAGUGGUUCAAAAAGGCAUUGCUAUCUGGAAUGCAAGAAAGCAUCAAUAGGAAAAUUGUUAUAUCUGAUACGUCGCCUGUGAUAUUUAGACGAUUAUUACUAUAUUUAUAUGGAGCGCCCAUAGAUAGAACCGUAGGAGCCGAACAAAUUUGUGAACUAAUGCUUCUGGCUGAUCGCUAUUCCAUCGAUGAUUUAAAGGAACUUUGCGAAAAUACAUUGAAUGCAUCAAUUGACGAGGAUUCAGUACUUUGUUUGUUGGGGAUCGCGGACCGAUUCAGAGCAACAGUUCUGAAAUCGAACUGUCUGUCUUUCAUAUCGCAGCAUUCAAGCCUGACAAAAGCAGAAAUGUUUCGCGAGUUGCCUAGAGCAAUUCAGCUAGAAGUCCAAGAUCUUAUACAUUGGUUUGGCCGCGUCGCGGAGCCAUGGAGUGAUGGUUUUAAAUCUCGUAGUAGUUCAAGGCACAGUUUAAAGAGUCCAUCGAAGCAAAGAUCACGAUCUCGCAAGUCAUCGCCAUCAUUAAUGUGACGAUGACUAGAAACAGUCAAGAGACAAUCAUUAUUACAAUUAGAGUUCAUCCAUGUUAAGCGAAUAACAACAAUAUGAAGUCGGAUUUGUUACCGAUAAUGAUACUGGAGAACAUAUUUCGCAAUAUAUUAACUGCAAACAUAAGAAUUUUUUGACUUCCCAAAAUAUGUUGCAAUAAUUUUCAAUGCACAAUACAAUAUAAACAUACUGAAAAAAAAUAAUAAUGAACAAAACGUGGGGUUAAAUAAUAGAAGUCAUUUAAGAGAUUUAAAAACACAUACAUACAUAUUUCAAAUGUAAUAUUUUCCAAAUUCAUUCAAAUUCACUUUAAUGCAAUUUUUCUGAAAUAUACAUAAAGCAUUAUAUUAUGUAUAUUAAAUAAUAAAUGGCUCGUUUCCAAUAUCUAAUUUCAAAGAUGGAAGAAAUCUUUUCUGUUUUCAAAUCUUUUUCGAAUAUUAAUUGUUGUUUAAAUGGUUUUCUUAUAACAAAUUGUGAAAAAAUAAUAUCUCAUUAUUAAAGAAGGGAAAAGAUA